CAUUUUUAAAGUCUCGGCUGCCCCCAUUAUGAGGAAUUACAAAAGACGGAAGGACAGAGAUAACAAAUCUGUGAGAUAAGGAACAUGUGAGGAUCAUCUGGUCCUCUGUUUUGCCUGUCUUUUUGAUAAGUCAUAGAGCAAAAAUAGCCUCUCCGGUGAAUUUAAAAUCACAUAAAAGGAGCAUGAUGGCAUGCAUUGAGAGGAAGUGUGUCAGUGCCAAGGCGCUGCCUGCUUCUGCAGACGCUGUAUAGCCUGCAAUUUCUGGGGAGGGAAAAAAGAAGUGUGCCAGUAUAAUCAGCUAUAACGCAGAAUCAUCUCUCUCCGCCCACAACAUACAAUCCUUCCAUUCUUGUAUUUUUUCUCAUUCACUACACCAGGACGCCUACGAGCAGGACGCACUCUGUUUGGACACUUUUUUUUUCAUUUGGAAACAGGAUUUGGAAUAAGCUCUUUCCUCUUUUUUCUCUCUCUCUCUCUCUUUGAUGCUUUUCCAAGGAUCAGGCAGCCUGACAGAAAAAGUUGUGACAGAUUUAGUAAGAGAGAAAAAAAAAAAAAAAAGUCCAGAGAGAGACAGACAGAGCUUUUUGCCCCGGAGGUUCACGAGGAAGAUAAAGAGGCAGGGAUAAUCUCAGAGAGGGAGGGAAGAAGAGCACAGCUGUUGUGUGAAGAGAAAAUAUAGAUAAAGAAAAGCGAGUGUGAAGGGCGAAGGAGAAGAGAGUGACGAGGACAACCAAGGCUGGAGAAGAAAAAAAGGGAGCAAAUAAAAAGGAAUAAUUUCAAGGUGAAGGUCGUAAGAAGAGCUGAUAAACACCUGACAACAGUGAGAAUGGAGACGCUGCGAGACAAGAGGAGAGACUUCCUCUGAAGUGACAGAAAUAGGAGCUGUGUUUGACGCGAGGAAGAGGAGAUGAUUUCCUCAUCAUGUUUUAUUCAGCUGGUUUCCCAAAUUCAAACAGCCUGCGCCGGAAGAGCAACUUCGUCCCCGGAUAGAAUGAAGAGAGGAGCGAAGAGAUACCUGCCGAGUCUGAGAUACCCCUCCUUUCCCUCCUCUCCUCCUUCCUUCCUUUCACUUUAGAUCCAGCUUUAAAACUUCCUCCUCCUCCGCCCUGAUAUCUCCUCUCCUCUCCAUCUCCUCACUAUGUGGAUACCAGCUUUGCUCCUAUGGAUUCUUAAUAUCAGCAGUUUGUGCUCGGGACAAGACUAUACGGACUAUUACCAAACUGGAGACAUGGGCACCGAGGCUCCAGUACUGUCAGAUGACCAGCCCAGUUUGGAGACAGUGACGAGUGUGGAUCAGCUAUUACAGCUUCUAUACCCCGAAUACACUUUGCUUCAGCACUGCCUAAUGAAGAAGAAAUCAUGGCAGGCCUCGUCUUCCCCCUCUUUUCCCACCUCCUCGGCGAGCCCUUUAGUCCACUCUGACGAUGAGGACCUGUGGGGUCAGCCAAGGGAGGAGGCUCUUUUCAAAGUGGACGGGACUUUGGCAGUCAUCUUAGAGGAGAUCCAGCGGACCUCAUGCCAGCCCAGAGAGGUGUGCGUCGAGGUGGCCAAAGAAUACCCAGAAUCCACCAGUCAGUUCUACCUCCCUCGCUGCGUGGCGCUGCAUCGGUGCGGCGGGUGCUGCACCAACGAGGCCUUCUACUGCACCAACACGAGUCACACAUAUGUCAACAAGACGUUGAUGGAACUCUCCCCGCCCAGGAUGGAUCGCUCCGUCGUUAUGGUAACCUUCGUCAACCACACUUCGUGCGAAUGCCUCUCCAAGCGGCCGCUCCACUCCAUCAUAAGACGAGCCGCAACAGAUCACCUGUGUUCCCCACCCGAACUUCCCUGUGCCUCCGGGUCAAUAUGGGAUCCAGUGAACUGUGUGUGCGUCUCUACAGAUGCCAUAAACUACUCGGAGAGGGAGACGGAGGCGCUGGACUCAGGUCUGCUGGCUCUCUGCGGGCCCAACAGGGUUCUGCACGAGUCCACCUGCGAGUGUGUUUGUCGAAAUGGUCUCACCGAGGACAGCUGCGAUCCAGGCUGGAAACUGGACCACAACACCUGUAAUUGCCAGUGUGAAGGUCAAGGCGAGGGGAAGUUGUGCCCUACCGGCCAGCGGUGGGACGAGGAGCUGUGCGGCUGCGUGUGCGCCGCAGAGUGUCCCGGGAACCAGCCCCUGAACCCCGACACCUGCCUGUGUCAGUGCAGGGAGAGUCCUCAGUCGUGUCUGCGGCAGGGCAAAAGGUUUAACCCCAACUCCUGCAGUUGCUACAAGUUCCCAUGCAGAAAGCCCCGACGCGUGUGCCAGGCCGGUUUUUACUACAGCCACCAAGUCUGCCAGUGCAUCCCCAACUACAUGAGGCCUGAGUGGAAUUAACCAAUCACAGACUGCAGGUUAUGUCCCUUCAACAGGAGGCUUUUGGCCUGAAAACAAAGGGGGAAUUAAGGAGGAAGUGCCUCUUGACAGGAGGGCAGGACGGUGGAACUACGCAUGUACAUGUACUGGCUUACAACAGCAGCACUUGGAGGAGUUUUAUUAAUGCUGUCUGUGCUCUGGGAGGGCUUCCUAGUGAAACAAAAACGCCAAAACAGACAUCCGUAUGCAGUAAAACUCGUAAAAGUGGGAGUAAUCUCAGCCAAAGAGAAAACGAGGAGAGAUAUUUGACUCUAUGGGACCUGCCUGAAAGCAUGACAGCAAGGAGCGGGAUGGACCAAUCAGACUCUGAGCCAGCAACGUGUUUGAGCAAGAUAUCCAAGCUGCAGAGACACCACUCGUGACUGUGUGAAAUGGAAAGUGGAAUAAAAUAAUGACAGACCAGACUCUAUGCAAAUUUUUUUUUGAGAUUAAGUAAGCUGUAGGCACUUUGGCAGUCAUGAGAUGUUUGAGAGGUUGAAGGAUUUAUUUUGCAUGUAAUGUUG